UCAAUGCUCGUUAACCUCCAUCUAAGACGCGGCAUAGACAAAGGACCAAGUCGUAUGGAGGUGUCAUCAUUGGUCAUGGACGCUCAGCAGCCAGCUCCCGAGCUUGCAGAUACCCUGCAGCAAUUUUACCGCGCGCACAACCAGCAUACGUUCUCCGUACAAUUGGAAUUCGUCAGCUCCCUCGCCAAUCCAUCCUACAUUCUAUUUCUCUCGCAGAACGGCUACUUGCAGGACAGUCGCUUUCUAAGGUACCUUCAGAACCUAUACGUAACAUGGCGAAAGCCCGAAUAUGCUCGCUUUGUGCGGUAUCCAUAUGGACUGUACUUUCUGGAAGCACUGCAGAAGCCCGAGUUCAGAGCGGCAGUCGCGGUUGAAGGGUGGGAGGCGCGAGCCAAGUCGCAAAUCAUCAGCCACUGGACAUCAUGGUGAGUUGCUUUAAGCUGUCAUCUGUGCAGCAACGCACAUUGCAUAGCUGACUUUGGUCAUGAUUCAUGCUUGAUGCCUCAGGCGAAAGCCACCCCCGCAGAUCG